AUAGAAAAAAAAAACUAUUUUCAAAGAGAAUAUUGAAAACAACGAAGUUAACCUAACAGAGAGAGAAACCCUAGAAGUGCUCUAAAUCACCUUGACCCUCAAAUCCCCAUUAUAAAAGCUUCCUCUUCUAAUAUCAGCCACCUUCUUCUUUGAACCGCAGCUCCAUCUUCCUCACUUCAACCUCCAAGUCUAAGUCGUUUUUCAAAACCCUAGACUGCGACAGCCAUGGUGAAGGGAAGGCAGGGAGAACGAAUCAGACUCUACGUCAGAGGAACGGUUCUUGGAUACAAGAGGUCGAAAUCUAAUCAGUAUCCAAGAACAUCCCUGAUUCAAAUUGAAGGAGUGAACACCAGGGAAGAGGUCGCGUGGUAUGCUGGAAAGCGCUUGGCAUACAUUUACAAGGCCAAAGUGAAGCAAAAUGGAACUCACUACCGAUGCAUUUGGGGCAAGGUUUCCAGGCCUCAUGGUAACAGUGGCAUUGUUCGAGCUAAGUUCAAGUCAAACUUGCCCCCAAAAUCCAUGGGUGACAAAAUUAGGGUAUUUAUGUAUCCCAGCAAUAUAUGAGUUCCUCUGAUCAGCUAGCUAGAGGUCAGGUUUCAUUUCUUUGUUGACUUGGGGUGGAUCCAUAUUUUUGAUUUACGUCUUCCUAUCGGACCCAAUGUUUAGAUGUUUUUGUUUUCAUGUAAAACUUGAGUAAGUUUGGAAUGUUCAUUAUGGAAUAUUACUUUCAAUUUUGACGAAGUUUCAUUUCACAUCAAGGCUUUCUGCAAAGACAUGCAUGCAGAGCAUCAAUGGUGGUCGCUAUACUUGCAUUAUUAUGAAAUGUUUAUUUGCUGACCUAAA